AUGAAGUCACUUGUAUUGCUUAGCGUUGCCCUUCUUCUUUCUCCUGCGGUUUCCUUUCAAAAUCUCGUCCAGGGGGUCAGAGCUGCAGCUGCACCGAAAUCUAGUGCAGUCGAUCUAGAGGAAGCUCUCCUUCAAGAGAUCAAGGCACUUGGAGACUCGAGAUUAGCGAAUUCUGCAACAGUACAACAGCGAAUAUUAGAACUUGAAAAUAGUUGUCUAGGUAUCCAACGACCUGCAAUCAGCGACUCUGUUUACGGGAGAUGGAGGCUCCUUCAUACUGACAAUGCUAAUACGGCAAGUCCGAUUCAACGAAAGGCUGUCGAUUCGAGUGCAUUCCCAAUCUAUCAAGAUAUCAUUUUCAACAAUAAAGGUCAGCUACUGGUCAGUCAGGUUGUAAAGUUCAAUAAUAACUCGGAGCUAAAAGUAGAUGCUCUGGCUUCGACAUCGGCUUAUCCAUUGCAAGAGCUGACAGAACGAAAAGGCGACGGGAAAAUUCUGGGAUUGAAUCUUCUUGGUGUUUCCAAGGUAGGGAGCGACGCCGAGGAAGAUUCUGAACGCCCUGAUUCUCGUAUAAAUUUUGUCUUUGAUGAAGGAAAAUUUGAUUUUGAAAAUGGCUUUUCGAUUCCAUACCCUGUUCCUUUCCGGUUGCCAUUCCUUCGAGAUGCUGUGAAAGGAUGGAUCGACGUCACCUAUUUGAGUGAACGAGUAAGAAUCUCAAGAGGCAACAAGGGAACCACUUUCGUCUUGGUAAAGGAGUAG